UUUGAGCCGGUUGCUCCCCACUGAUGAAGCAGAAGCCAACGUCAGGUGAUUCGUGCUGGUCAGCUGAUCUGCUGUAGACAUCUUUACGAGUCACGACUGCGGAGAUUAAUUCAAACCGUCUCCUCUGUCAUUCUCUGGCCUCGGUGGACCUUUAACCGCGGUGACCAUGGCGCUCAGCGAUGCCGACGUUCAGAAGCAGAUUAAACAUAUGAUGGCCUUCAUAGAGCAGGAGGCCAAUGAGAAGGCAGAGGAAAUUGAUGCAAAGGCAGAGGAAGAGUUUAACAUUGAGAAGGGCCGUCUGGUCCAAACCCAAAGGCUGAAGAUCAUGGAGUACUAUGAGAAGAAAGAGAAGCAGAUUGAACAGCAAAAGAAAAUUCAAAUGUCCAACCUGAUGAACCAGGCUCGACUGAAGGUGCUGAAGGCCCGUGAUGAUAUGAUCUCAGACAUGCUGAACGAGGCGCGCCAACGGCUUGCUAACAUCGCUAAAGAUCCGGCCAGGUAUUCCGCUCUGAUGAACGGAUUGAUCCUACAGGGUUUCUAUCAGCUGCUGGAGCCCAAAGUCACCAUCCGCUGCCGUAAACAGGACGUUCAGUUGGUGCAGGCGUCCAUCCAGAAGAACAUCCCCAUUUAUAAAGCAGCUGUGAAAAACAACCUUGAGGUCCGAAUUGACCAGGAUCGCUUCCUCUCUCCAGAUGUGUCUGGAGGUAUUGAGAUCUAUAACGGUGAUGGGAAAAUCAAAGUUUCCAACACCCUGGAGAGCAGACUGGACCUAAUGGCUCAGCAGAUGAUGCCUGAAAUCCGAGUGGCUCUCUUCGGCGCCAACCCGAACCGCAAGUUUUUGGACUGAGGUCCUUCGCAAGAAACAAAAAUGCUCCCUUUUCUUUUUUACAUGUCCUAUGGAAGAUAUCAUUCCUUUUUGUCUGGGAAACCCAAACUGCUGAUGCACAAAAGACGUGUUAUUGUUUGUGUGAUGUAUUGCUUUUCAUCCUGAAGGGGGCGCUCAGCUGCAGGCCAGGUUAACACGAGGAGGUCUCAGUUUACAGUGAUUGGUCGGGAUCGGGCUGGAUGUUUAACAGGUUGUCCUCUAAUUGAAUCAGUCUUCAUGACAAAAGCAGCUUCUGUUUCACAGUUUUUCCUCAGUUUAUAAACCUUCUUGGCACAUUAAAAGCUGCAUGGGACUUUGUGUAGCUAAUGGGUGUCUGCUCCAACCAAUCCCAGACAAAUGAAUGGUAUCCUAGAAACAAACCCGACAUCGUACAUGACCUUACUGAGUUAGUUUAUUGGUGUUACAUCAAGCGUACGUUGUUCGCUGUCAGAGAAGUGACCCAUCAUUCCAGAAGGUGCACUGUUUGUAUAUGAGGUUUCCAGAUUAAAUUAUGUUUGUGUGCUUGUUUGUUUGUUUGUGAUUGUAUCCAACUGAAAAUGUUAAAGUGAGUAAAUGUAAAAAAACAACAUAAACAUAUCUAAAUGAUUA